UAACUUACCUUAGACUUUCAUGAACUUGGAUAAAAUGACUAAAUAUUGAAAUACGAGUAUAUCUAACUACCCACAAAUAUUAAUAUAUCGAGGAAAGUCUUUGAAUAAGACAUUUGGAAUCCUAUUUUAUACUUAAAUAUGUACCUAAUAUUUAAUAAUAAUAACGGAAAUUCAUUUCCAAAACUACUAUGUUGACUAUUGACGUGUGUGCUGAGGUAUAAGCAUUAGUAUAAACUUACCAUACCUAAAUAAAAAUAAAAACACUUUGUCGCCCACUAACAGCUCUUAAUAUAUCAUAGUAGCCAGUAGGUAUCAUUCGGGCAUUUGGCAUAAUAUAAUAUUUAACGUUGUAUUACUUUUUUAACACGUCUAUAAAUUGCAAUACUUAUGUAUACAAAAUACACUAUACUAGGUACUAUAGUGUAUCAGUGUGGCUAUUUUGCAAAUAUUCGAAAUAAAAUGUAUGUUAGAUAUUAAUAUAUUAACGUAAGUAUAAUAUUUUGUUCCUCGCCUUGCAACGGCUCUGAUGUUGUUUUACUAUAUACCAAGUACCUACCUAUGUUUAUAUUAUUGUUUUCUUCGUUGUUAAAAAAAAAAAAAAAAAAAUCCGAUAAACAUUAGUAUAAAUAUUAUUAUAUGAUAAUAUGGUUAUGUCGAAACUUUAAAUAUUAAAUUGCAAUUUAUAUUUCACUCUGUAGAACAUAUAGUCAACAGGUAAUAUUAUCAUACUGUAUAAUAUAAUAGAUAUGCUGUGACUGCUAUAUACCUAUAUAGUUAAACGUUUAUAACGGAAUAGCAAAAUUAAUGCUGAGAUGACAUAUUACAAUCUCGGGUGUGGCAAUUCGUAAUAUUAUAUAGCUAUAGGACUAUUUUGCAUAUAGCUUAGUGUAGUCGGCAUAUGUGACCUAUUGCCGCUGUACGUUAGUGCGUUGUAUACUUGUACCAUUAUACUUCCAUUAUUUAUUGUUGUUCAAUAGUUCAUGGUAUUAUAAUUUGUUUACUAAUUUAAGUUUUAACGUAAACGUGUCUUGAUUACUUUCAUAAUAUCUUCCAUUCAACAUGUUAAAAAGAAUAUAAUAUUUUAAAUAAUAUACAUAUACUACCUAUCUUCUAUUUUGACCAAAACUUAGAACCAAUUCAUUAUAAUAUUAUAUUUCCUAUAUGGGUUGUUGAAUCUGCCUCGUUCAUGCAAAAAAAUAGGCUGGAACUAGGGAUGGGUAAUUUUGUGGAAUACCAAAAUCCUUCUGAGAAACUUUUAUGAACAGAAAAAUAUAUUUACUUCUAUAAUAUCUUCAAAAGGAUGAAAUAGUUCCCAGUGGAUCAAAAUAUCCACAGAUCAGUUUUACUGUACGCAACAAUACGUAUACCUAUGGUAUCUACUGACUACUGAAGAUAUUUAAACAUGGAAGAACAAACAUAUUAUAUAAGAAGUCACCGCCACAAUGGGGGGUCACCGAGUCUGACAGGGAUAUCAGUGGUGAUGUCGGUAUUAUUAUUUGUUAAUUUGGCGUACGCUUCGACAACAUGUGGCUCGGUUAUUGAAUCGCUUGGAGUAACAGUUCCGAGAGGUGAUAUUGUCAUUGAAUACGGCUCCGGCGCCCCCUUGGAAAUCGCGUGCGUUUUAGAUGCCGACAAUAAAAAAGUGCAAAACCUUUUUCGGAAUGACACCACCGUCGGUGGUGAAGCUAAGACGCCGAGCCAGCGGAUCAUGUUCUACAAGAACGCCGAACGAGUGUCCAGACAGCACAUCACGGUUAUCAACGCAACGGCCGCUCAAUUGCGCAUCGCCAAUCCACCGGCUGGUCGAGAUACCUAUUAUUGCGUGCUGUUACUUGGUGACCAACUUGGUCCAAACCACAGUUAUGAUAACAUCACUGGUACUCGAUCAUUAUCCACACCGUCAAGCGAUUCGUCGACAUUUCCCACCCUUCCGCCGAUGAGCUUGGAAACUAGUGAACCACCUUCGCUGGUGUCACAAACCUCUGAAGUCGGGGUGUGUCUCAACAGCGUUGCCGUUGGAUAUAAACCGACGACUAUUACAAAUUUUUCUUGUAUAUCUGAUAAUUGGGUAAGUUUGAAAUGCAAUUGGACCAAACCAGAGAACCCAAUCAAAACAAGUUAUAAGGUAAUCUUCAGAGUACCUGGUCGUGUUGGAGGCAGAACUAUGAUAAAUUGUCCUACGGAUUCAGAUUUUAGAGAAAAUACUUGUUAUUGGGAUUUAUUUACCAUGCCAAUAUAUAGAAAACUAUACGAAUAUUACUACUUUUCAUUACUUGGCGAUAACGUGUUGGGAAAUUUAAAUACAUCUUUUCGUUUUCAUCAUUACGCCAAUGUUAUCCCCGCGAGCCCUAUUAAUAUUACGGUGGUGGAUAAAACACAAUAUAGUGCAAUGCUAAGAUGGUCUGUAGGAAAAAUGACAGCCUUUCCGCGAAAACUAAUUCAUAAGAUUGAAUAUAAGUCUCAAUGGGAUUCCAAUCCUGAACAUUGGCAUCUUGUAAAUGUGAGUGACGUUUGUAGUUCAUCAUCAACUUCCAAUCAAACCAAUUAUUCUUAUUCGAAUUGUCUAAAACGUGACACUGGCUAUUAUUAUUUUAAUGUAACAGAUUUAAAAUACCAGUACACGCAAUACGAUUUUCGCAUAUAUGUACGUUCUUCAGUUGCUCUUGGGGAAGAUAAAUGGUCUCCUCCUGGUUGUAUAACUUUGAAAACCAAGCCUUCUAUACCUAGAAGACCUCCACGAACUGAUAUUGGAAGCUUCGAGUGUGUUUCGUCACCAGUCGACAAAUCCAAACGAGACGUGUUUAUUUAUUGGCAAAAUAUUGAAGACAACGAGAAAUGUGGUGACUCAUUUGAGUAUCGAGCUUACUAUACUUCCACAACUACAGAUAACAAAACCACUAUUCACCGCAGUAAUGAAACAUAUAAUAACUAUGCCAAGUUUGAAGGACUCAGUACCGAUAUUGGGUACAAUUUUACCGUGUAUUCAUCAAAUAAAGAAGGUUUAUCAGCCGAGUAUUCGACAAUUUUUGUUCCCAAUGAAUCAGACAAACUUGACGAACCGUUAUCAUUUACAAAAAUGGCAUUUGAUGAAAGUGGUGUAUUUGAACUUUCGUGGUUAAAUGCCAGUAGUAAAAAAUUAUUAGUAGCUAAUCAAAUCAAUGAUUAUACUAUAUUUUGGUGUGCAAAUGAUAAAGACCGUCCAUAUCAGUGCAAUGGUUACGUGAACUGGAUGCAUAUACCAAGUUCGGAAUCUUGCUACAAUAUUACUGUAUCGGAUCGUAUGAAAAUUUAUCAAUUUGCAAUAAGCGCUAACAGUCAAAGCCCACUAAAGACCGGUCUUUAUCCACCCAUUUCUAUUAGCAGUGGGAUGGUAUGGGCCUCAUGCACAGUACUACAUAAUAAAAUCGUUGGAAAAAUGAUAAACGUCUGGGUAAGUAUGAUUAGCUCGACAUCUAUGGAAUUGAGAUGGAAACUUGACUGCUCUGAUAGAAUGGGCGCAGUUCUAGGAUUUCGUAUAUUUUAUUGUCCGGUAGUAUCCACAAAUGAUUCCGUUUGUAAAGAACCUAUGUCAAAUAAGACCGUUAGUGGUAAAAUGACACAAGACAACAGAGGAAUUUCAAGCAUUACAGACCUCAAGUCAUAUACUACAUACAUGGUUACCAUAGCAUUAAUAACAACACAUGGUGAAGGGUUACAUAGCGAUCCUUUGCUCAACACCACUCUAGAAGGAGCACCCGAUAUUCAAAACCUAAUAAUAAAUGUCACGAAACUGACCAAUACGACCGUGUCCCUUCAGUGGUCGUCUCCUAAAUUCACUAAUGGUGUUGUCCGUUACUACCAUAUUCAUUAUUAUUUGGACAAUAUAUUACAGCAGCAGGACUUGAUUGAUUCAUUUGGUGAACAGCAAGUCAUCAAUGAACAACGCCGUAUUACGGUUCACCACACAAAGUGUCGUUUGGAUCACCUUGAAAGUUACAGAAGCUAUACAAUUACCAUCACAGCAUGCACAACAGUUUGUUCAGAGCGUUCACUUCCCAUAAAAGUUCGAACAGCUGUGGGGCUGCCCGGAAGGGUUUCUCAACCAAAUUUGUUUUACGAAAACAGCAGUAGGAUAGCUGUAUCUUGGCCGAAACCCGUGAAACCGGCCGGUCCAGUUGAUUAUUAUGAAUUAAUUGUAGCACAUCACAGUAGACCAACAAAUUCGCAAACUACAAACAGCGGUUCAUCUUCACCCACCGCUUUGGCUUCCACACAAUUACUGGAAAAUCCAAACAAUUUCUUGUACCACAGCAAUUCUAACGUGUUCCGUGUUUCUGUUCCGGAUUGUAAUAAUGAACAGGAUAAGGGUCAACAAACUUUUUCAUUUGCAGUACGAGCUGUGAAUAACAAUCCACUUGAUCCUCAUACGCCAUAUUAUGGUCAGUGGUCGGUUCCUGGGUUGGUCAGUUGUGUGUCUCCAGUUUUCUUCCAGCCUUCAAACCAUCGACAACAAUAUAAUUACACCAGAACAGAAGGCUUUAAAACAGGAGAAAACCAGCAAAACGACGACCAGCCGCAAACCGCCACCCACAACAAGAAAUUAUCGUUCUCGUCUGUGCAGUGAACCUGUUCAGACGUAUUUUAUACCAGUACAGUACGAAAUCGCUCUCUUAUCUCUAUGUUUAAAAGUUCAUAAUUAUUAUUUCUUAUAUGUUGUUUUCGUUUAUAAUCAUUGGUUAAUCAUAUUAGUUUAUACUGUUAUAUAAUUAUUAUCAUCUUAAUUUUCCAAUUAUGGAUUCUAAAUUGGAUGAAAUUUUAUUAUCAAUAAACGAUUUGAAGAUAACUCAAAAUA